AUGUGCUCGUGGGGCUCGUCGACGCAGCAGGCCAAGUUUUACAAGGGCACGCUCGCCGAUACGCCGUGGAACCAGGACCUCUUGUGGCGCUGCCACGUCGCCAAAGAAGACAUCCAAACGAAAGCGCACGACGGUGAGCUCCCGCCGACAGACGCGAUGAAGCGGCUGCGCGGUCAGCGAAUGAAGCUCGGCGUCACGGGCACGCUCAUUCCGGAUGUGACGCCGCGUGUGCAGACCAUUGUCGGGCGACGGCCAGCGUCGUCGUCGGGGCAAUCUCGGUCGACGUCAUCCUUCUGCUCGCGAUCGUCGCUUAGUCCAGCAUCGUCCACGUACUCGAUGGAGUCGACGCUCUCGUUGCAGCACCGGUUGGAGGCCAAGGUCCAAGCCGAGACGGCCAAGGUCACGAGUCAGCUCGCGAGUCUUCAAGCCGAGCUCCGCGACGAGGCGCGGCAGCGCCAAGCGGCCGAGCGCACGAUUCUAUUGCUCUGUGCCAAGCUCCACGUGCGCGACCACAAUCAUAUUCGCCUUGCUAAGAAAUCGAAUCAAUAUAUUUAA